AGCACGUCAUGCCGCAUGUGUACUGGGCGCGCUAACGGCCAUGAUCCAUGUGACGUCACAUAGCGAUAUAUAUAUGUACGCCGGCACUGAAUAAACUGAUUCCAUUCCCGGUUUGGCUGCGUGAUGACGUUAUAACAACUGGCGACGAGGGUCUUGCAUACCCACGUAAGCGACGGCCUUGGUCCUGCACGGGUGGACAGGCACGAACGGAAGCAAGCGAGCGGAGUUUUCGUCCAGCUUCAAGGCACUGCACGGGCUCCCGGAGUAGGGCACCGCCCACCGAACACCCCUGCGGAGGAAGCACUCGGCCACAAGGAACGACAACGGGGCUUGGAGCUGGCAGCACGUCCAAGCAAGGAAACGCCAAACUGAUGAGUAACGGAUAUAUGUACUGCUGUCGAAAUGCCGCCACUGGGAAAGAUGUCCGAGUUCGACCCGAAAACGCGAAACUUCGAGUCGUACUUAGAGCGUUUUGAACAUUUCUUAACGGCUAAUGAUAUCGCCGACGCAAAGCGCCUUCCCAUCUUUUUGACAGUCAUAGGACCAGAGGCUUACGAAGUACUGAGAAGUCUUGUUGUGCCGGCUGCCCCGGCAGAAAAGUCAUACGCAGAAGUUAAACACCUCCUGAAGGAGCACUACAGCCCCAGGAGUUCCGUUAUAGCAGAACGAUGCAAGUUCAACCGGCGCGUACAACAGGAGGGCGAAAGCGUGGAGGGGUUCAUCGUAGAACCUAAACAUUUAGUCAGAAAGUGUGACUACGGUGACUUUUUGCAAGACGCCCUCCGAGAUAGGCUGGUUGCUGGCAUACGGAACGAAGAGACCCAGCGUGCCCUGUUUGCUGAACGAGAGCUGACAUUUGAUGGGGCUUGCAAAAUCGCCCUAGAUAGAGAACUAGCGGCGCGAGACACUGAACAACUGCGGGCAAGAGAACGAGAGGCACUCGUGCUAGUCGUGAAAAGCUGACAACACCAGUAUCAGAGACCAGCUAAUCCUAAGCAUGUCGAAGGCCGCAAGAACGAAAAAUGCGCAAGAUGCGGCAGGGGACACUCGUCGGAAGAAUGUUGGUACAAAAAUUUUAUUUGUCGCAAGUGUUCGGCUGUAGGUCAUUUGAAAAGCAUGUGCCCAGUUGCUAGAGCGAAGCCAAAAAACAUGCAUGCGCUCGAGUGUUCUGACGAGGACUCGGAGCAGGAGCUGUACCAUGUCAUUAACGCCAACCAAUCAUCUUAUGAAGUGAGUGUGGAAAUAGAAGGGCGUAAACUGAAUAUGCACAUUGACACCGGAGCGGCUGUCACAAUUGUCCCGGAGCAAGUGUACCUGUCCGAGUUUCCACACGUAAAAUGUGAACCUUGCAAAAUGUCGCUUCGCACGUAUACUGGGGAGCAAAUACAGCUAAAAGGGCAGUGUGACGUGGUGGUUAAGUACAACAAUCAGUGCAUGACUCUACCAGUCAUUGUUGUAAAAAACAACGGGAGGAAGUCGCCUGUACUAAUGGGGCGAAAUUGGUUAGAACGUUUGAAGCUUGACUGGCUAGAAAUUGGCUAGAUUGCAGUUGAAGACAGAGUCGCGGUGCUAAAACAGAAGUACCCUUCCGUGUUUUCUAAAAAGCUGGGGACAAUACAAAACUUUGAAGCAAAGAUUGUUAUGAAACCGGGUACAGUUCCUGUAUUUUGCCGCGCUAGACCAGUUCCGUUUGCGUUGCAGGAAAAAGUUGAGCGGCAACUGCGAGAACACGUGGAAACGGGCAUGCUGCGUCCUGUAAUGCGGAGUGACUGGGCUACCCCACUUGUCACAGUUGUGAAGGAAAACGGCAGUGUCCGGUUAUGCGGGGAUUACAAGACUACAGUAAACCCCUCUCUCAAAACAGAUCAUUACCCCCUACCCAGACCGGAGGACUUAUACACUGCCUUAGCAGGAGGAAAGGUGUUCAGUGUACUAGACCUUUCUUCGGCGUACCAGCAGCUGCCACUCACUCCGGAGUCACGACCAUUUUUGACAGUAAACACUAGUCUUGGGUUGUUCGAAUUUCAGCGCCUUCCUUACGGGGUGGCAAGUGCACCCGCUAUCUUUCAGGCAAUGAUGGACGAGGUACUUCAUGGCAUCCCACAUGUACGCUGUUAUAUUGACGACGUUAUCGUCACAGAGACAGAUAUCGGCGACUGCCAGGAGACACUAGAACGUGUCUUGCAACGCCUCAGUGAAUACAACAUCACGCUUAACCUGGAUAAAUGCCGCUUUUUCCGUAAAUCGGUUACAUAUUUGGGUCACACAGUGACUGAGCAAGGCAUUUACCCUACCGACACCAAGAAGAGCGCUAUCUUACAAGCCCCCGAGCCCACUACAGUUACAGAGCUUAAGGCGUACUUGGGUAUGUGGAACUUUUACUCGAAGUUUCUUAAGAACGCUUCGACAGUAGCAGAGCCGCUUUAUCGGCUACAUUGAAAAGAACAAAAAUGGUCAUGGACAAAGGAGUGCAGCACCGCGUUUAAAGAUACGAAGCACUUGCUAACAAGCAGCAAGGUACUCACAUUCUAUGACGUCAAGAAACCGCUCGCAAUGCUUUGCGAUGCAUCGUCAUAUGGCUUAGGAGCCGUUAUCUUUCACGAGACGGCGGAAGGUGAAGAAAAACCAAUUGCUUUUGCUUCGCGUACACUGUCGGAAGCAGAAAAAAAAUACGCGCAGUGUGAACGCGAGGCCCUGGCGUUGAUCUUUGGCCUAAAGAAAUUUCACCGGUACCUGUACGGACGAGAAUUCACUAUCUAUACAGACCACCAGACACUGCUUGGGAUACUAGGGCACGAUAAGCGUAUACUGACUAUCGCUGCCGCGCGUAUGCAACGCUGGGCUUUAACCCUCGCAGCUUACAGGUACCGGCUGAAAUUUAGGAAAGGAAAAAAUUUUGAAGUGGCAGACGCCUUGUCUAGGCUGCCCCAACCAGGACCGGUGAACGACGAGUCAUCAGAUUGCAUGUCAAUCUUUCAGUGUCUCCCGCUAACAGCAGAGGAGAUUGCAAGGGUCUUGAAGCGAAGCUUAACUCUAUGCCACGUGGCACAAUAUACGCUAAACGGGUGGCCUAGACAGCAAGCAGAUGAAUUGAAAUCUUACUAUGUUCGCCGCGAUGAGCUGUCACUAGAGCAAGGCUGCGUGACGUGGGGCGUAAGAGUCGUAAUUCCGGAGCUGCUGAGGGACCGCGUGCUAAACAUGCUGCACGAGGAGCACCCUGGCACCAGCCGCAUGAAAAUGCUAGCGAGGAGUUUCGUAUGGUGGCCAGGAAUCGAUUUGGCCAUUGAACAGUACGUUCAGCGGUGCAAGAUUUGACAAGCAGUUCAGCCAGCUUCUCGGCCGGUUCCUCUUCACCCUUGGCAAUACCCCACCCAGUGUUGGUCACGCGUACAUGUAGAUUUUGCACAGAAGGGUACGAACGUGUUUCUGGUAUUGGUCGACUCAUUCUCGAAAUGGAUCGAAGUAUGGCCGAUGUCCUCAACCUCUGCACAAAAAACAUUGGAUAAACUUCGGGGUUCUUUUGCCGCUUGUGGCUUGCCCGAAGUAUUGGUGAGUGACAACGGGCCACAGUUCACCUCAGAGGAGUUCGCAGAAUUCAUGAGCACCAACGGUGUAAAACACGUUCGUAUUCCGCCUUAUCACGCAGCGUCCAAUGGUGCUGCAGAACGAACAGUACAAACCGUGAAAAAGGCGUUACUGAAACAGGUACUCGAGCGUGAGGCCUCGGGUAGGCAGCAGACAGUACAGGAAAAUAUUGAUAGUUUUCUGAUGGCCUACCGGAGCACACCGAGCAGUGUGACAAGCAAAUCACCAGCUGAACUAUUUUUGGGGCGCCAGCCACGCAUAAAGCUUUCACUGCUCCAACCUGAUUUUGCAAAAUCCAUGCGAGACAAGCAGGAAAAACUAAAAGAGCAGCGCGAUUUGUUUCGUGGGCAGGAGCGCAGCUUCGUGGUGGGGGACCGGGUGUUGGUGAAAACUGUGCGUGGUGAGCGCGUUUCGUGGGAAGAAGGUGUUGUGAUCCAAAUUGUCAGUGCUGUGACAUAUAUGGUGAAAGUGCGCGAUCAACUCCGGUUCACACACGCCGAUCACCUGCGUCCUGGACAUGCUGACCCCGGCGAGACGCCCCCGCACGCGGAGGGGGGUGUAAAACAAACGCCACCAGAAGAGCUACCGGCAGACGACCGCACUCCGACACCAAGACAACCGCAGGCAGACCAGGAUGGUCCCAGUUCCCCUGGCACGCCGGCAGACUCCGAUCGCAGAACAACACUAGAGCACGACGAAUCAGUACCGCCACCCACACAGCAGCCUGUACCGCAAGACUUGGCGGAGUCGCACGUGCCAGCGGCGCCAGCUGCACCCAACUCGGAGGAACAGCCACCACUACGUCGGUGUGCUCGUGUGCGCCGGCAACCGGACUGGUUUAGAUCGGAGGACUUUAAGUAAUUUCCUCUAAAUUAGUCAGGUGGUAAUGUUAAAUUGUUAAUUACACUGUACCUAAUCUUACUAGGUGUUAUUCUAGUUGACUAACUCAUGUAUUUAUUUGAGCGGGAAAGAGUUGUGAUAGCGCAGCACGUCAUGCCGCAUGUGUACUGGGCGCGCUAACGGCCAUGAUCCAUGUGACGUCACUAGCGAUAUAUAUAUGUACGCCGGCACUGAAUAAACUGAUUCCAUUCCCGGUUUGGCUGCGUGAUGACGUUAUAACAUAACGUCAUCAUAACGUCAUAACGUCAUAACGUCAGUCGCGUAGCAAAUUUAUUCCUGAAUGUCCUGCGUUUCUUUUAUAAGCCACGAGAUGACAUUCACUGCCGCUCAUUGAAUGCUGGCUGGAGGGAUUUAGUUAGAAUGUCCGUGCUCAAUAUUGAGACUCGGCAGAGACCCUUUUUUUCUGCUAUGCUGCCUGCAUGAAAAGUGGGUAAAAAAUAGGUUUAUAUUGUGUGGAACUUCAUCGCAAUUACAGUUUUUUUCUGCGUAUGAAAAAUUGGUUUUUCUUGCAGUUUUGAGCAGAACAAGUGUAACUAAACUACGAUAAUGAAUAGCUAUAAGUAGAACGCAGAGUCCAUAUUUGUUGAAAAUUUUCUGUAAAUCUCGAAAACAACGCUAUAAUAACAAGCGAGUAUUAGCUGUUACAAUUGAUAAGCCUUGCCUCGAUAUUUUGACAUGACUUGCUAAAUAAAAGUUCUGUGCUAGACGCGUGGCGCCAGCAAUAUUCAUCAUUUGUAAGUAGAGACUUCCCUACACGAUGAAGCCAGCAUUGGUUCGGGUAACGCUUGCCCCCUACGC